CGGGUCUUCGCUGGCCUUGCGAGCCCUGGGCUGGGGCUCCCUGUGUGCGUGGUGCGGGGUCGGUGUGAUCAGCUUCGCCGUCUGGAAAGCUUUGGGAGUUCACAGUGGAAGCAUUUUUACUUGGCAUGCAUACUGGAAAUACAACGUCUGAGUUGGCCAAUUGGACACAUUAAAUAUUGAAGAGAAUUGUCGUUUGUAAAACUUGAAUUCAAGAAGAAGUAUUUUGUGGAAACCGUCGUGAGGUCUUGCAAGCUGGGGCCCCAAGCUUGAGGAGGCGUCAACUAGCCACAGCCUCGCGCAGGCGCAGUUCAACGCCGAGGGGGUGUCUAACGGCCCACGGCCUCGCGCAGGCGCAGUUCAACGCCCUAACGGCCCACGGCCUCGCGCAGGCGCAGUAGCAGGCUGAGGCGGCGGCCAGGGGCACAAGCCCUUCCUUCGUCAAACCUUCCCGCCGCCUUCCCGCACCUUCUCCCUCCGCUCCCGAGGGAAUGGCCACGGGCUGGGCCGUGGGGGCCGGCUGGGCCGGCCGGAGAGCGGGCGCUGCGAGAGCGCGCUUCCUGGGCCUGGGGGCGCCGGGGCCCCGCCCGCCCGCUGGCGCCCCCCUCCGGGGUCCGAGCUCCGUGACCCCCGCGUCUGGGAUGGCGACCAUCAAGGCGGAGCUGAUGAAGAACUUGACUUCCACGGAGCCCAUCCCUACCAAUAAGAUCUCCAUCGUGGGAGCCGGCUCGGUGGGCAUGGCCUGCGCCGUGAGCGUCCUGCUGCGGGGCCUGAGCGACCAGCUGGUGCUGGUGGACGUGGCCGAGGACCGGCUGAAGGGCGAGACGAUGGACCUCCAGCACGGCACCUCCUUCGCGAAGAUGCCGCACAUCGUGGCCAGCAAGGACUACCGCGUCACCGAGAACUCCAGCCUGGUGGUGGUCACGGCGGGGGUGCGCCAGGAGAAGGGCGAGACGCGCCUCAACCUGGUGCAGCGGAACGUGGUCAUCUUCAGGCAGAUGAUCGCCGACAUCAUGGCCUACAGCCCCAAGUGCAAGCUGAUCGUCGUCUCCAACCCGGUGGACAUCCUCACCUACGUGACCUGGAAGCUGAGCGGCCUGCCCAAGGGCCAGGUCAUCGGCAGCGGCUGCAACCUGGACACGGCCCGCUUCCGCUUCCUCAUCGGCCAGAAGCUGGGCAUCCACCCCGACAGCUGCCACGGCUGGGUGCUGGGCGAGCACGGCGACUCGAGCGUGCCCGUGUGGAGCGGCGUCAACGUGGCGGGCGUGCUGCUCAGGGACCUGAACCCCGACCUCGCCACCGACCGGGACCCCGAGCACUGGAAGCACGUGCACAAGGACGUGAUCGCCAGCGCCUACCAGAUCAUCAAGAUGAAGGGCUACACCUCCUGGGCCAUCGGCCUGUCCGUGGUCGACCUCGCGGAGAGCAUCCUGAAGAACCUGCGGCGGGUGCACCCGGUGUCCACCAUCGUCAAGGGCCUCUACGGCAUCAAGGAGGAGGUGGCCCUCAGCGUGCCCUGUGUCCUGGGCGGGAACGGGAUCACCGACCUCAUAAAGGUCCGGCUGACCCCCGAGGAGGAGGCUCAGCUGAAGAAGAGUGCGGAGACACUCUGGGGGAUUCAGAAGACCCUCAAGGUGUGACGCUGUGCGAACUGCCGCUCCGAAGUUCCCGGAGAAGAGACCGUUAUUGUGGGGUGUAUGUGUCAGAUAUGUUAAUGAACUUGGAUUCCUGAAAGUUGGAAAGAGGAAAGGGGUAGAGCGACUGAUUCCCCCAUUUAUGUAACCCCCCAGAUCUGUUAAAAUUUAACACCCAGGUUUUGUGUAGUUAGCGGUUCCUAAGUGACUGCAUCAAAGAUGUGUUCUUUUCCUACCACUAAUAUAGCAAUACUUAAAUUUAUAUGUAGUUGCCACUUGGUCCAAAAGAAUGUGGGGUGUAGGUGUUUAUUGUGUUGUAGAAAUUUAUUAUUUUCAUUAAAUACAUGUUAAUUCUUUCAUUCUGACUAGCUUAUGUAUUAUUUUUUACAUACUGUUUUUUAAGUUAUAACUCUACAGUGAAAAAUAAAUGUACAGAAGUACUUUUUGUAAUGGA